AUGACUAAUCUCUUAAAGUUAUCUCAUUUAAUAUUAUUACAAAUCAUAACAGAUAUAGACAGUAAUGCAGAUAUAAUAUAUAUCUAUGAGAAUAGUAUAUCGGAUCAUCAGGUUGUACUGACUGAUCGUAAACAUCACAAAAACUAUCCUCAAUGGAUAAAACAACGCAUCACUACAGACAACAGAGUUGAUAAGAGUAACAUUACAACUGCAUUUGUAUCAUAUGGUUACCAAGUAAUAUCACCUCAGUCGCUCUACUCGAUGCCAUCACUCGAGACACUCUUCAUUUACCAGGGUGGUGCUCAAGUGGAUCUUGGUUCCAUCUCAUUGUUACCCAAUCUACAACAACUUGAAGUUUGUGCAAAAAGGCUUAUUCUUGGUACACACACAACACUCAAGUCUCUGAAACUAGAUAUCGAUACCAAAUACAGUCUCAUCGACCUGCAACUUACCAAACUCGUAUCGUUGACAGAACUGACCUAUAACGACAAUUAUUUCGAUUCAGGGAUUGGAACAGGUGUAUUUCCAAGUAGUCUGACAUCACUCUAUCUGACACUGCAAAAUACACCGCCAAGAGAUACAUUCCUUUCAUUGACAUCGUUGGUGAAUCUCGAGAUCCACCAGAGAGGGCAUGUUGAUCAUGAAGAGGAGCAUAAACAACACAAAUACAUCGAUCUAGAGACUCUCUGCAACCUCAAGUCACUCACUUUUAGAGACUAUAGAAGUGGAAAAAGGUUCAUCUCACUCAACGUACCUCCUUCAAUCAAGACUCUUGUCAUCAAAGAUUUUAGCAUCUAUGGUGAAUGCGUAGAAAUUCCACACCGAUGUACUAUGCCAAUGUUGGAGAAAUUGAAAAUUAGAAUGAAAUUAUUGACUGAAGGUAGAAUCAGUCUAAUGUCAUCACCAUCAAUCAAGAAACUCUCUAUUUACAAUUACAAAAAUAAUGUUAUUCCGGCCAUCCCAUCGACUCUCGAAAAGCUUAAAAUCGAGAAAUCCUAUGGGAUAUUACUUGGACAAACAGUAUUACCACCUUUUCUCAAACAUCUAUCUGUCAUUGGUGGAGAAUAUGAUCCUAUUCGACUCCCGGAAUCACUUGUCAAACUCAAUCAGAAAAUUGAUGAUGAAAAUGUUCCAGUGUCGCUUCCUCAACAUUUGAAAUCACUCACCUUUACAAUGGAAGUAGUACGACCUACAAACUUUGUAUUUCCAUCCAACUAUCCACCUCAUCUUGAAACACUCAACUUUGACCUUUCAGUUGAGCAGGAUCAAAAAUUUAAGAUAUUCGAUAUACCUUUAUCUAUCAAAUACCUUUCAGUUACCUUGGAACCAUACAUAUAUAGGUCAGGUUACUUUUUUUCAAUCAGUACUAGGAUUCCCAAAAGCAUUAUCACCCAACGACAACAAUGGUUACCAUCCAACACUAUUGAUUUAACUUGCCAACUCCUUAUUUUAGAUUCAAAAAAAGCUAAUUUUAGAUUAGAUCAAGUGAUCAACCAUACCAAUGUUAGAUAUUUAAAUAUCUAUCUCGAUCAGAAUAAUGACAACACACUAUUUCAAUUUUCAAUUCAAAGAUUAGACCCAAACAACAACAAUGUAUUGGUAUUGGAAACACAAUCACUUCAAGGUGGAAUAAUCCCUCAACAAAGAAAAUCAAUCAACACUCAUCAACAUGAUGAUCCUAUUCAUUCUCCGCAAUUUAAAUGUAUUUAUUUACAUUUUGAUGUUUAUGAUACAUUUGAAGUGAAUUGGAGUUUUGGUCAUGACAACGAGGAUGAUGGUGAUGAUGAAAGUGUAGAUGAUAGCUGUUCUACAACAGCUACUCUAUUUAAACUCAACUCUUUCAAAGAUAUCUUAAAGAAUAGUAUAUCGGAUCAUCAGGUUGUACUAGUUGACAGAGACAAUCGGUAUCAAAAUUGGAUACAACAACGUGUCUCUACAAAUAGAACGAGUGGUAAAAGUAACAUUACAACUGCUUUGGUAAUGCAUAGCUCUCAACCAACAAUGAUAGAGUCAUUAUAUGCCAUCCCAUCAAUCGAUACACUAUUCAUUAACCAUCAUCAUAAAACAGUUGAUCUUGGUGCCAUUGCACUACUACCUCGUUUACAACGACUAUCAGUUCGUGCACACAAGUUGGUUAGUAUCGGUCAACACACAACACUCAAGUCUCUAAAGAUUGGUAUUGUCACUAAAUACCCACUCGCCGACUUGGGACUCAACAAAUUCGUGUCAUUGACAGAGCUGACCUUUUCCAAUUAUUUUAUGACUGGAAUUGGACCUGACCUACUGCCAAGCAGUCUGACAUCACUCUCUCUUAGAUCAAGGGAGAUACCACCAAGAGACACAUUCCUUUCUUUAAUAUCGUUGGUGACUCUAGAGAUUGAGAUGGAAAGGUUUGACACAGACAUGAUUGCUGCAUUCAUGCCCGAGCAACUACUCAUCGAUCUCGAGAGUCUACCCAACCUCAAGAAAUUCACUUUUAGUGACAGUCUUGAUCACAUUACAAAGGACCUAUGUAAUCUAGAGAUUAGUGUACCUCCUACACUCACUAUUCUCACCAUCUGCUCAUUGUUUGCUAGUAUCGCUCCUAGAUGUACACUGCCAAAGUUGGAGAAAUUAUAUGUUAAACAAAGUACAUUGAUUGAUGGAAGAGUCAGUCUAUUGUCAUGCCCAUCGAUAAAGAAACUAUGUAUUUAUGAUUCAUGUGAAGUGAUGCCAUCCAAUAUCAAUAUACCAUCGACUCUUGAAAAGCUUAAAAUCUAUAAAUACACUUCAAAAGAAGAUAUACUUGGACAAGUUGUAUUACCACCAUUACUCAAACAUCUAACUAUUAUGGGGAAUAACUUUCAAGUUGCCAAACUCCCAGACUCACUAGUUAAACUAAAACUGAGGGUUGACAAGAUACCAAUAUCACUCCCACAACAUUUAAAAAAACUAUCCCUUUCAAUGGCGUCGAGAUCCAAUCCAAAGAUUGUGUUGCCGUCUCCUUAUCCACCUAAUCUUGAAACAUUGGACUUACUCCUAAUCGAAGGUGACUUUGUUAUCGAACAUAUGCCACCAAUCACCAAAUAUCUAUUAAUACCUUUGAACUCUUACCAAUACGACACUCCAGUAUAUUCAAUAAGUUCUAUAUUAACCAAACGCAUCACUUCCCAACAACAACAAUGGCUACCACAGAAUACCACUCAUCUAACUUGCCAACUAAUGUGUUUUUCUCCAACCAAGGUGUCAUUUAGAUUGGAUGAAGUAAUCAACCACACCAAUGUUAGGUAUCUAUCGAUCAUUGCUUUUGAUGCCACAUUUCAAUUUUCAAUUCAAAGAUUGGACUCUGACACUCUAAAUGUAUUGGUAUUAGAAACAAAGUCACUUCAAGGUGGAAUCAUCACUCAACAAAGAAAUUCAAAAAACAAUAAUCAACAACAACAACAACAACAAUAUGAUCCAAUUUAUUUAUCUAACCCAAAUUCUCCAUUGGAACUGAAUUGGAGAUUUUCAAAGUAA